AUUACACCGUGUGUGUUUUGAAAAUUUACUGAUGGCCCAAGGUCGUUAGUGUGUGUAUAUUUUGCUAGAGUUUGUUCUUCUCAUAAAAAACUGUCUUUCGAACGUCGAUGGAAUUCUCCCCACAGUUGUAAGACUUUGUUAAUAAAAUCCAGGAAACUGAAAAUUCUAACGACCCUGAUAAAAACGUCAGUCUUACUAAAUCUGGAAGUCUGGGUGCUUAGCCGCAUACUUAAUCCAUGGGUUUCGUCGACAUUCGGGAAACCGUCAUCAGUCUUUAGUAUGCAAACGAAUAUGCAUAUUAAUGAAGAAGAUCCAAGUGGUUGAUAAUAGUUUUUAGUCUCGAAACAAUUGUUUCGAGGGGUUCUCGAUAAAUAAUCUACAGUUGUAGCACUUCGUUGUAUUUCAUGUAUUCUAAGUCAUAUCUAGGUAAGAAUAUAUGAUAUUUGGUAGGGUAUUCACACUGAAAGAUAUAUCGUAGAUACUUUUCAGUAUUUUCCAUCUGUACUAAAAGCUUAUAAUACUUUAAGAAGUAAGCAUUCUCCCUAACUGGCCCCACUACCUCUGAGUUUUAAAGUUAAUUCAUGAUUGAUACAAGCUAUUGGUGUUAUGCGAAUUCAUCUAGGUAUUUUCAUCCCAAAGGCUAGACGCAGAUUAAACUCUGAGUAACUGAUAUUCCGAUUUUGGUUGAUUAAUUCGUUAAAACUCUCUUAAAACCGAAGCGUGUUUCACACACACUAAAAAAUUGUUAACCUAAGUAACAUUGUUCGUUUAUUUUUGCGUAAGUUUGAAACAUUUGGAGAAUUAUCAAGCCGAAUACUUAUAUUGACUGAAUUAUGUCAAUUGUCGGCGGUUAAAGCUGUAUAUUGUGACUUCAGUCAAUCAGUUCUUAUCAACGUAGCAUGUGGCACACGGGCAUUUCCCAGGGUCGCCGUGCAACAACUCCCGUUUACGUUCGUAGUAAUGAAACUCUCGAAUCAUGAGCUUAGAAAUAACUAGUAAUCAGUCAAAACUGCUCAAAUGCAUUUCGUUCUGAGUAUCCUAUUAUUUAAUGCUCCGAUUUAUUACUAUUUAUUUAUCUCAACACAUAGAUAUUGGUACAAAGAGGCACCAAAUACAUAUGCGCCACGCACAUCUCAUUAGAUUUGUAUGAGGGCUGUGAUACUGCCCGGGUGCCCAAACCAAAGCAGGUGGUUUUCUUAGGGGGCCACUCCCCGAGCCUUCGGCCUGAAGGUCUGAUUCACAAGGCGAUAAGGCAUCGUAAGGAGGUGCAGUCCCAUGGAAGCCGGUGACCAACAAUCGGUUCAUACGCCAUUUGUUCCCGCAGGAUACUGGAGCCGAUGUGCACCAUUGGUUUGUAAUCCGGUUAAAGCGCCGAACAUUCGCUUUUCGUCCUCUCAUUUUCGUAAACAACAGUAAUGCCACGAGAAGGCAGUGAUUAGGACUUCCCUGGCAGAGGCUAUAUACGCAUGGCCAUGUGAGAGCGGACUUUUCCCACUCUUGGCCGUACCAAGGCAUUUGGGGGCAUGCUUCGAUUUACUACCUUAUGUCUAUUACAAAAUGAGCAACUAAAAAUAUUUCACUUUUGCUUUGUUCGCAUGUGUUCAACCAAUGUUUGGGGAUUCAGUAUCUUUCAACACAAUAAAAGUCCUAUAUUAUUCGUACUCAUAAUCAGUAUUACUACAAAUCAACUUAGUUUUUCUUAUUUCUCAAAUAUCCUCUCAAAACUCUGUCACCAGAUUCGAACUAAAACCUAUAAACAAAUAUAUCGAUAAUAGUGUAAAUAAAAGCUAUAUAUCUACCAGACACUGAUUCUCUACUUAUAUGGUCUUCUGUAAAAUUUGAAUUUAAGCCACCAAAUGCCCUGGUACGGCCAAAGGUGGGGAGCGUCCGAUCUCCUCGAAACGCUCUCACAUGGCUGCUCGUAUACAUUCACUGCCAGGGAAAUCCUACUCACUGCCUUCUUGCGGAGGGGGUGUUGUUAACUAAGUUGAGGAUGAAAGGCUAGUGCCUAGCGCUUUAACCGGGUCAGUGGAUAUAUGAGAUGCAUCAAGGGGAGAUCGGAAACCCUGAUUCUAAACCAAUGGUGCACAUGGGCUCCAGGAUCCUGAAGGAACAAAUGGCAUACGAACAAAUUGUUGGUCACCGGCUACCAUGAAACUACACCUCUACUGCCUUGUGGUUUAGAACUUUAGAUCAAAGGCUCAGGAUGUGGCCCCAUUAGACAAACACCUGCUUCGGUCUGGGCACCAGGGCAGUAUCGCAACACACACACAAACCAAGUGACUUGUGUGGCGCAUGUGUAUCUGGUGCCCUCUUGUACUAAUAUUUGUGUGUUCAAAUAAAUAAACUUUUCCAAUCAGUUAUUCACCACCAUCGUCAAACUGCAAAUCUGAACUGGUUCUACUCCCACCCCUUAUUUUACAAAACAAACCAGUACAAAUCACGUCUUUACUCUCGAAAUCAGGUUAAAUGGGAGACCGUACUACUGUGUCUCAACGGUAUAAUUGAUAUACAGUAAGCUGUGUUUUUUUUAGUUCGUGAAAUAUGAUAUUUAGCGCAAGGUUUCAACUUUUACAGUCUUAACAUAACAUAUUCCACUGUCUUUCAAAAAUAGACUGAGUGCGUAAAAAAUUCAGUUGCAAGAAAAACAAGUCCUUACAAUUAGCUGUUUUUGCGAUAUUAAAAUGUAUAAGGAGCGAGCGUAGCAUGUAAGACUUGCUUGUGCAAUGCAACAUAAGUUCAAUAAUAUACUCUCAAGUUAUCUCAGAUUUUAAAAUUUAUUAUCACUGAAUACAGCAUUCUCUUGUUAGUAGGAUGUGUGAUAAGCGAGAUUCUUGAGUAAAUACGUCAUUUGUGUUCAUUGUAUAUCCAUUUAUUACUCCCCUUACUGUUUGUGUUAUGCAUUUCUUUUUCGAAAAAUCUAUGUUUAGACGUUGAUAUGCUUGACAAAAUGAACGACUCUCAAAUUAUGGACUGCGGGAGAACAAGUGCAUUUGAACGAAUGAUCCUGAUGAUGAAAGCAAAUCCUUUAAUACCUGUUGGUGUGAUUGUCACUGGAGCUCUGCUUAUCCGCAUGAAGUAUGCUAGCCGUAAAGAAUUCGGAUACUUAAUCUAUUUACGUCCGCUGAGUCAAGCAAUUACAUUUUCAAUGAUUAUUUACACCGCAUAUACUACACCUGAAAUUUUCAACAAAAGUUCCUGUAGGUUAUCAAAAUAAAUAAUUUCACGUAGUUCCGUGGAUUUAAAGAUACAAAUAGUGACUUAAAAAUCCUAAUUAUAUAAUUUUCAGUAGUUAAAUGGCUAAUGCUUAUUUCGGUGUUGUUUAGAAGAGUCCAACCCACGUGUGCAGCUGUAAUAAAAGGUCCUUUUCCUCGCAAAGUGACUAUACGAUUUAUAUGAACACUUAUUUGAAACACGAGUGCUCUUGCUAUAGUGAAAGAUCAAGAAAUAAGCUACAUAUAACCGCGUCACAAUUUUGGUAGAAAAUGUAGUACUAACUAGGAACAUCCGACAUUGGUGCCAAUAAAUGGUAUGGCCACCGAGCUCUAUAUGUGGAACAUAUCCAUGCCACUUAAGCCAGUGUCUUCACGUCGUCUCCAAUACACCCAAAUACACGUUGCCGAGCCUCAGAACUCCUCACACAAUGUUCGCAUCAAGCACGAGGAACUUAUAUGAAUUAGUGAUGGAACAUAUAAUUGUAAAAUUCUUCAGCUCUAAAUGACAUGAUUCCCCCGGGAUAGAGCAGAACUCUUAUCUCAGAGUUCUUUAUCAGGCCUCUCGCAACUCGACGAUCGUCGCGUUGGUAUGGAAAGGUUAUGGAGACUAAAAAAAACUGAUGUGGCUGCUGUUAAGCAUACUGUAACACUACCUACUAGACCUUUACAAAUAAUUGUACAUUGACUUUUGUCUUCUAAGGAGCACAGGACAAUCUAGUCAAGUCUCCAUGGAGAAUAAACCACUCAAACCUUUCUAAAAACGUUUCAGCCAGCUUUGGUAUGGUAUACGUAUUCGAACUUUUAGGUAGAUAUCGAAAAGACUAUGCAAGAUAAAUUCCUAAGCGCGUAAUGUACACUUAAGAGGUUCAUCCUCGUUGCCUUUGUAAAUACAUAGACUCAUGCUUUUAAGGUACUUCUUGGUUUUAAGUUAAGGAGUUUUGUACAGUAUUUCCGAUGUAAUCAGUGGUAAACUUUUCUACUGGUUAUUGUAUGAAUUGUGUAAAUAAAUGCAUAGCAAUCACCUACUCUAGUGUAGUAAGAUGGUAAUGUAUGUGCACUACUGCAUCCUAUUUUAAGACAUAGUCUCAACACCCGAAGUCUAGAAUUGUCCAAGUAUUAUGGAAAGCUGAUUCUUUUCCAAAAUAUUCAAGCAGUACGUUCUCGUACCUCGGUUUACCAGGUCACUAUCAUUUCCACGUAAUUUGAAGGCACUGCUUUGGUUUAAGCAACAAGUAUAUGUAAAACAAUCACCCAUAAACCAUUGUGCAUAGUAAUAUAAGUUUGACAUAUUUGUAGCAACUGCGGUCCGACAUAGUAUAUAGACCAAAUUGUGGUUAUUAAUAACCAGUAUAUAUUUUCAUUUUGUCAUGACGGGUUGUUAUUCCCUACUGCUAUGACUUAUCAUAUAGAUACUUCAUACGCUAUUGAAAUAAAUAAAAACAAGAUACUCAGAUUGAUGUGUGGUAAUGAGAGUGAAAUGUGAUUGGUCGCUGAACAUGAACAAAAGGGUACUCAGCCUGCUGACUAUUAAAUAUGUGAUUUCCCUUCAUCUCAGUGAUUCCUACUUCGGACUCACUGUGACUGCUUGUAAUUGUGUUGAAUAAAGUAUUAUCUAGUCUG